CGCAAGCUGCCUCUCUCAUGUCCAGGAUGUGGCGCUCCUAGUCAAACAGUCGCUCCCGAAGAAGCUGGCUUCUACAACUUGAGUAGGUCUGCUGUCAGGAAAUUCGUCCAAGAUGAUGCCAAAAAGGAGGACCUCGUCUUCCAAGCAACUCUGGACAAGGUGGAUAGCAAGGUCCUGCAAGAGCUGGGUUUAGGCAGUGGAGCUCUUACUGCCAAAGAACAACCGCAAAAGCAGACUCCAAUUUGCGACCGAUGCCACAACCUCUUGCACCAUCACACCGGCGUCCCCAUCUUCCACCCCUCAAUCGACAGCAUCCGUAGCAUAAUCGAAGACUCUCCUCACAAGAACAACCACAUCUACCACAUCCUCGAUGCUGCAGACUUUCCCAUGUCGCUGAUACCCAAUCUCAUGAACCGCCUAGAUCUUCCUUCUCUACGCACUCAAAAUCGUCGCUCCAAGCACAAGAAAUACGUUCGCGAUCGCGUCGCCGAUGUCUCUUUCAUUGUUACUCGUUCCGAUCUCCUCGCUCCAAACAAGGAACAGGUCGACAGUCUGAUGCCAUAUCUCCGUGAGACGCUUCGUGACGCUCUUGGUCGUACUGGAAAGAACGUCAGACUGGGAAACAUGCGAUGUGUGAGCGCAAAGCGAGGUUGGUGGACAAAGCAGGUCAAGGAAGACAUUUGGGAAAGAGGUGGCGCUGCUUGGAUGGUUGGCAAGGUCAAUGUGGGCAAGAGCAAUUUGUUCGAAGUCGCUUUCCCCAAGGGCAGAGCACAAGAAGCCGUGCCAAAGUCUCAACCUAUGCAUGCCCGUCUAGAGCCAGACGAUCUUUCAGCUCCCGGAGCUUCAACCGAGUCUUUGUCCGACUUGCCUGGAGUCCAGGAUACAGCCGUGGAUACUGCUGAUUCGACAAGUAGUGCUUCUGAUCAUGCUGCAACGAACUCUCAGCCAGAAACUGUUGACCAGGAUGAGCCAGACGUGUUUGACGUGGAAGAGGGUUCCUUGCUUCCCCCUGCUCAAGUCGAAACUCCUUAUCCUGUCAUGCCCGUCAUCUCGUCUCUACCUGGAACCACAGCUUCGCCCAUCCGCGUGCCAUUUGGAAAUGGCAAAGGCGAGCUUAUCGAUCUGCCUGGCGUUGCGCGAUCCAACCUUGAUGAGUUUGUGUUACCGGAACAUCACCAGGACCUUGUUAUGCGAUCGCGCGUAGUACCCGAGCAGAUGUCCAUAAAGCCUGGUCAGUCGUUGGUGCUAGGAGGUGGUCUCAUUCGCAUCACUCCUACAACGCCGGAUUUGGUCUUCUUGUCCUAUACUUUUCUGCCAUUACACCCUCACAUCACCUCUACCGAGAAGGCUGUGGCUAUUGCAAGCGGCGAGCGAGCCACUGGACUACACACGAUCAUGACGAAGGAGGCUCGCACAGAGAUGGCAUCAGCGGGUACUUUCAAGCUCGAAUGGGACGUUACGAGGCAGCGCGCAGGCCCAUUGACCUCAAAAUCUGCUGCCAAAUUGAAGCCUGAGCAGCUGCCCUUUAAGGUCUACUCAGCAGAUAUCUUGAUUGAAGGUGUUGGCUGGGUUGAACUUGUUGCUCAAGUACGAAAGUCAGCUCAGAACAAAUCUACUCCAAUCUCUCCUAGCGAGCCUGAAAACAUCAACGCAUCGCCUGCCUCAGAAGUCUCCGAGACCACAACCUGGAAGCCGUUGUUCACACCAGAGGAGCAAAUCGUACAGAGCGCUUUCCCACAAGUUGAAGUAUUUUCACCCAAGGGCAAGUUCAUAGCCGUCAGACCUCCUAUGAUUGCUUCGUUGCUUGGCGGCAAGAAGGCUCCCCUAGCCAAUACACGAAAGAGCAGACCCAGACUGAGCAUGAAGAGUUUGAAGCACAGUCAACGUGGCAGAGAA